AUGGCACACUCGAACAAAAAACAAACAUCGACAAGCAACUUUCCACAAGGAGCGUCCAAAUCCCGAAAUGGCAAAGCAUAUUCCGCAGGUAAUGAUGAAGGUGAAAUCAAUGGAAAAAAGGCACACAGGUCCUUUUUCUCCAAAAGAGCACCAAUCAUCUUGUUUUUUGUUGUUUCUUGCAUCUUUUUAAAGCAUCCAGAUAACUUCGACAGACACGCAGAACAUGCGGCUAAAGUGCACGUGUAUACCAGAGGUGCCCGCAGUUUAGCAAAAAUUAAAGCAAUUGCAUCAGAAGAUGAGCUUGAAUUAUAUCCGAUGGCAUUCGAACACUAUGACGAUGCCACACCAACCUAUGAAGGAGCCUAUGAAGAUGCCUACGACGAUAUCGACGAACCUUAUGAAGCAGACUAUGCAUUUUCCCCGAAACGAAUAUUUUCUUACGCACAAUGGGAGGAAGAGGAAGAUGGAACUAUUCUAAAAGAACGGAAAGUGGUGGAGUACGAGAUACCACAACAAGUGCAUUAUGAAAGAAAGUGCAAAAUAACACAUGAUGAACGGGAAGAAGAAGUCGAUAGCAACGACACAUUAUCUGCUGAUGUAGCAGUCACCGAGGCAGUUGCAACGUGUAGCACAUCCCUGUCGAAGGUUGGAUCAGGGUCCUCAUUGCCACCAUCCCUACAAAAUAAAGGACAAAGUGCAAAAACGAAACAGGAGCCGCAAGGAUCUUCGGGUACAGGAACGACCGCAAGCACAAAGCAUGGCAAGAAGAAUAAGGCAGUUAACGUCAAAACCGGAAGAGACUUUAGUAGACGGAAAUUGGCUGCAUAUAUUCUAUAUAG